CCUGUUGGAGCCUCUCUGACUAACUGAAGUUAUUCGGCAGACAAGCAGUUCAGUUCGGUCUACUGCUUAAAAGACAAAACAAGAAAAAGAUAAAUUAAAAGGGCAUUUAAAUUAAGGGCCCGGCAAAAGUGUCUGUCUGUGUUUACAACUCCACCGAUAAGAAGAGAGAUCUCUAUUAGAUAAGCGACGUACACACUAACAAUAAUAAUCUUGUUAUUGCAAAGUGGGUCAGUUCAUAAACUAAUUAAAUUGAUUGUAAUAAUAAUCAUCGGUUAAGACUAAUACAUUUUACAGUGCGCACAUAUCGAAGUUUGACAGUUCUUCGCGAGUAUAUAUUGUGCUGUGUAAAGAUUGUGGGGAGCCGAAUGAAUAUCUUCACUAUAUUUUGGCUUCUAUUGAAAAUGUUUUAUCAACUUUUAUGUUCUUCCUUUAGUCUUCUAACUUUCAUAUUUAAUGUUUUCUGGUUAACUUGCAAUUUGGCGUCUGCUGGUAUACCGUGGGUUUUGGUGUGUCUUUUGAUAGUUUGUGUGGCUUCUAAAUUCGUAAAACUGAAAAGUCCUGAUGAUAAACAAUUUCUCAGAUUGUUGACGAUCGCUGGUCAAGGUUUAUAUCCAGAAGACUUAUCAUUUUGGCCUAUAGCACAUAGAGGUGCCGGCUACGAUGCUCCAGAAAAUUCGAAAGCCGCUUUAAAAAAGUGUAUUACACGUGGCUAUCGAAAUGUUUUAUUAGAUGGUGGUCUAACAUCUUGUGGUGAAAUAGUUAUUGUAAAUCGUUUGACUUUAGAAAAAGCGAAUCUUAGCGGCAGCAUUGCCUUACAUACCUUGGAAUCUUUAAAGAAAGUCAACAUUGCCGAACUACAUCCUAUGGGGUAUGAAAAAAAAAAAAGGCAUAAUAAACAUUUCGAACCGGAAUACGUUUAUACAUUAAAAGAAUUACUGGAUUUCUUAGAAGAGCAACGGCUUACGGUUUUCCUACUCAUAUCGGACAAUAGCUCACUUAUGUUACAAAGCUUAAAAAAAUCAAUUAAAGAAAAUCCUUUGUUUACACAACGCAUUGUAUUGAUAACAAAAUCUCCUAUAACUAUAUACCAGCUGCGUAAAUUGUUUCCCGAGUUGAUUUGCGGCUUAUGGACGGAAAAAUCUUUAUCUCUAGCUCUAUUGAAAACCUCUACUUUGAUUACCUCUAUAUAUGGGGCAUUUUUUCGUAACAUAAUUGCUCCGGUUAUAGGUAUUAGCGUGGUAUUUGUAUCAAAAGAAGAAUUCAACUUGCAUAUAGCUGAAUUAUGGAGAAACGUCGGAGUACGACCUAUAGUUUAUAAUGUUAAUUCGCCAAACGAGAAACGUUACUUUCAGAAAACGAUGAAAACUCAAUAUCUUACAGAUUCAUUGCGUUCCGAACCCCAUUUAUUAAUGAAAGCUUAAAAGAAAAAAGCACGGAUAACGAUGAUAAUUUUCCAACGAAUCAAUAAUGAUUUACAUAAUUAUACGUAUCUAUGCUUUAAAUGAUAUUUUAUAAACAAUUGCAACAUAAGCAACAUUUUAUUCAAUGAACAAUAUUUUUAUACUCGUCACAGCGCAUAUAUUAAAUUUACCAAGUAUUCGCAGUCUCCAGAUAACAAAUAUUUUCUUAAUCAGUAGAUAUGCUAGAAACAGAUCGCUAAGUCCGAGAUUGAUUUAGUCACAUAUUCUGUUUUGCUAAUAUUUUUUUUUCUGAGAGAAAUGGACUUUAGGUUAAAGUAGUCUAAACGGGUUUUUACAUUCGCUCAGUUAGGUAAGCCUUUAUUUUAAGUUAAAAAUUGUACUAAUUCAUAUAAAAUUAUAUUAAAUUGUUUUCAUUCAUCGAACAUUAUUUUAUUUAGCCAACUCUGACGGACUUGUUUUUUUAUUGGGAAUGCAGUGAGAAGUUCUAAUUUGUUCUAAAUGUGGUUUAUUGUUAUAAGGCUAAUACAACAACAAUUGUACAUAAUUUACGUACCAUAUCGCCACUUGUUAUGUGUACAGCAGCAUCCUACUUAAUCCUUUGGAUAUCCGAAUUAGCGCGAUGCAGGGUAUUUAUUUAAUGUUUUGAACCGAAAGUGAACGUCAUUGUAGUCAUACUUCAUCUUAAACGUAAGUUUCAAACAUAAAAAUAAUAUAAAUUUUUGAGGUGUCUAUGGUUUGUGACUGAAUGGUCAACUUGUCAUGUAUAAGCCUAACAAAAAAAGGAGUAAUUACUCAAUGGAACAAUACGCGCAAUUCGAAACCACGCCUUUCAACAACUAAUUGAUGAAUUUAAAGAGAUUUCACGUGCCAACCGUAUUUUCUAUAAAAUAAGUCCCACAUUAAAUUUUUAACCCUUAUCAGAGCCUUCCUUUAAUUUCAGGGAAAUAAAAAUCCUUUAUUAGACUUAUGCUAAAGCAUAUUUACAAAUGAUUCGUGCUAUAUCAUGUAAUAUUUGUAAAGCUUGUAAUAUUAGCCGGUCUGGCGAACGUCUAAUUUUUAGAUGUGGCAGGUUCGAUGGUAUUAGAAACUCUUUUAGGCUUUUCAAUUAUAUGGUGUCCUCGUCGAUCUCUUUGCAGCAAAAAAUCUCGUGGAACUAGCUUGCUUUAUUGGAAAAGCGAAUUUAUCUUUUUAAUUCACGAUAAUAUUUCUCUAAAAUAUUCCUCUCUUUCAGCCAAAUUUUGUAAUACUAAUCUUACUUCACUUUGAACAACUCAAUAAUAUACAAUUACACUUAACGUAUUGGCCUUAGCAUAUCAUAGCCGCAGUUUAUUUGUGUUUCAUAUAUAUAUAUUUCUUGGAGACAACUAACACUGUUUAUCAUCUGGACAUAUAAGCUACAAAAGAGUAAACGUUAUUCUUCGAUCCGCUAAACAUAUAGAAUAGGGCUCUGUAUAAAUUUUAUGAAAAUUUACAUCAAGCAAAUAUUUUCCUGAUGUGUUUCCAAAAUGUAAACAAAGCUAAGUACGCAUUGAUAAGUUACUAAUGUAAUUUUUAACAAUAGGUGUCAAGAAUAGUAUAGUAUACAGCAAUGAAAGGAAGCAAUUGCUGGAUAUCGAAAGCCGAAUAUAAAUUUAGCCACUUGCUAAUCACUUCGUGAGAUUUCUGCUUAAAGCAAGCAAUAAGCGAACGAAAAGUGUAAAAUUUAGUAAAAUAUGACGAUACGUACUUUCAUUUCGACAGAGGAAUCUGUUGAGUAUUUACACCCCGUAGUCAGCACCGGAAACUGCACAUAUACACGUAUGAAUAGCGGAGUUCAUCUGGUUUUUGAUGGACGGAGAGAAAGAUUCAAGUCAAAUCUGUCUUCCCAUCACCUUUAUGCAUUUCAACCCUUGUCCAUAAUAUUAAAGUCACAUUAUCAAGCAAAAGAUGUACAUAAUAAUACAUCGGUCGUGCCCCUCCGUUCAAAAAGAUUUUUUUGUGGGUGUUCAUUCUACUGUUCAAAAUCAUUUUGUUAACUGCACUCGUCGCGAAUUUUGUAUUCGAAGCGUGUGUACGUUGCGUGUUAGGAAAGAAUUUAUUUAUACACUCAUUCAAGGAAUUAACUUAUGCAUUCACGUUACAAUUAGACGCUGAUCUAAAUAAUAGAUAUAUGAUACAAUUUCUGAGGAAAUACUUUUACCUUAUUUUUCUAAAACAUUUAUUUUGUAGGCAUUUAUUCACUUUACCUAAUCCUAUGCUUCGCCUAUGUGGACUAUUUUAGGCGUCUAAUUGUUUCCUUUCUAUAUCCUACACCAUUUGAGCUACAGGGUAUAUUGAGUUAGUGCGGACGUAUGUGACAUGCAAAACGCUUUAAAAUAGACUCACCUUUUAUUAUACCGAUCGAUUCAAAAUCAUAAUCUGCAUUGAUGUACGGCUGUCUCGUCCGAUGUCUGUCCAUGUAAUUUGUGUUGAUGCGACAAAUCGCAAUUCUUGAUAAUUAUUGAUGAAAUCCGGUACAGUGACGUAUUUGAUCCAAGGAUGGAUGUUAUUGAAAAUGGUUCGAUUCGGUCCACUUUUUCGACCACUUCCCAUAUAACGCCCUAUUCUGAAAAGU